GAUGUCUAAUAAAAUCAAUUUAUAAGAUUAAAUCAAAAAAUUUUUUAAGUUUAUAACUCUUGGAUAGUUAGGAGCAGGAAAAGUAAUUAUUUUUUUAAAUAUUAAAGACAUCAUUCUUAGUUCGGAUUACUCAUGAUAUAUAUAAAGAAAAUUUCUUGCCAAAAUUAGGGUUUAAUUUUGAAAUAAGAAACUUCUAAGUAGAUGAUUAGAUUGUGCAAUUAUAAAUCUGGGAUACAGCUGGGUUAGAGAUAUCUUAAUUUUAUAUUCCACGCUUAUAUGUUAAUGGCAAAAAUGGAAUCUUCUUGAUUUUUGAUAUAUCAGAUGCAUCAUCAUUUAAUAGCAUUUAAGCUUGGCAUAAAAGUAAUUUUAAUAUAAUUUUAAGAGGCUUUAGAAGAAAUUGAAAUAUUGAAUUUGGACUGUUCAUUUCUUUUAGUUGGAUGCAAAUGCGAUUAGGAAUCCUUGAGACAAGUUCCAUUUUAUGUUGCUUAUUCAUAUGCUGAUGAAGUCGGAAUUUCUUAUAUAGAAACCUCAGCCAAAUCGAAUAUUAAUUGUCUUGAAGCAGCCAAGUACUUGAGCAAACUUUGUCUAAAUAAAACAAACGAGAACCAAAAAAAAAAGUCAAUUUAACUAACUAAUAAGAAGAAUUUUUUUUAUUGUUAUUGA